AUGCUCCCUCGGGCUGCCGAUUUGUUGGCCACGGACGACUUGGAGGGCCUCAAACGGCUGGUGGGAAUCCCCGCCCCAGUUUGGGCGGGGUUCAUUCAACAAGUUGGUGACCCAGGCACCAACGUGCAGCACCUGGCCUCUGUGCCGGCCUUUGUCGUGGCGCAGGCAUGUGCUGCUGCCACCUUAGCAGAUGGAACUGCCUUCCAUCCCAUCAACGCUACACAGGUGGGAUUGGUCUGGCGAGUUGCAAGGAAGACAGUCUUCCUGAAGAAUGGAGGAAACGAGGAGGACUUUGUAGACACGGAACCUUGGGACAACCCACGGAACCAGGGAAACCAGAAUCAAGGACCUCCUGCAGUACCAGACCCACCGACAAGGUCAUCAGGGGUGAAAGAGCACGUGCUGAAGAUGGCAUCGUUGCUGGAUCAAUCUGAUGAGAGUGAACUUGUUCCAGCUCCCAUGGACAAGGUGCAGGAAUGGGUUCAACGAUACGUGACUACUAUGGGGUCAACGCCUGAAGAAGAAGAAGAAGCUACGGAUGCGAAACUGGCAGCGCUGUACAAGCGCACCGUCGUUUUGAAGCAGGCGCCCUAUUGCGAUUUUUCAGUAUGGACACCUUUUGGUCGAAGAGCCUUGUGGAGUCAGAAGUUCCGCACAUAUGUGCCUUUGGGGGACGGCUCGUACUUGGUGAAGGAGUUGCCCGGGCCCCAAAACCCGCAACAGUGGCUGGCUUCGUGGCGAGUCUUCAAAGUUGCGGCGUGGGGGCUCAUAGCUCUUGCAGAUGAUAAGGGAAGAGCUGAGCGACUUGAAAAGUUGCGGAGAGGUGUCAUUGUCGACCUGCAGGAGGAAGCACCUGAAAGAAGGAAGCAGUCCAACCGAGAUAAGAGGUUGGCUAGGAAGAGAAGAUUGCAGGACGAGGGGGAUGAGCUUCUCAAACUUCGACAUCAAAAGGACGGUCAUGGACAUGCUGGAGGAAAAGCAGGUGGAAAAGGGAUUUCGAAGGACAAGGGUGGAGCUGAAAUUUGUUUCAGCUGGGCUCAAGGCAAGGGGCCUUGCGCUGACGUUGUGGUCGGCGGUGAAUGCAAGGGCCGGGUGAAGAGGGCUCACAAGUGCCAGCGCUGCCUGUCGCCUGGCCACAAGAAUGAUGGGACAUCAAGCUGGUUCAAACCACGGCGCGCCAUGGACGUGUCGGAGGAACCGGACUGGGACCCUGAUGAGGUGUCGAUACUUCAGGAGGAGUGGAAUCCUCGGGCACUGGCGCUUCUGAAGGACCAGCCAGACUAUGCCAAGUACCGGUCGGAAAGGGUGUUCCGAUUUGUGCACCUCUUUAGUGGACCCAGGGACGUGCUAAAGGAAGCCUUGGAGACGGAAGCCAAGAAAGAAGGCAUCAGGGUGGCCGUGGAGUCGUACGACAAGUUGGAUUCAGUUGGACAUGACCUUUCUGCAGAACAUCCCUAUGUAGAUCUAGUGGACACUGCUGAGGAGAUUGACGGCUACCACAGCGGUUUCCCUUGUUCGAGCUUCUCGGCAGUAAGGAGCAGAGAAGGGGGGCCACCGCCUGUAAGGUCAAGAGGGUGGCCUUAUGGAUUGCCGAGCAACAAUGAUGCUCAACAACGAGAAGCUGAUCUUGGGACGGUUUUGGCAGUGCGCUCCACCAUACUGGCGGGUAAGAUCUUAGACAGUCAGAGAGCUCACAAGGUGGGAGAGGUUGCCACCUUGGAGAACCCGCCAGGCAGGGAGACUGGGCCCGACAUUCCUUCAUGGGAGCUUGCCGAGCUGAAGGAAUUCCUGGAAAACUAA